UUACCGGUCCAGGCUGCGGGCCGACUUCCACACUGCUGGCGGCGUGUGUGGAACACUUUGCCCGCACCGUCCCGUCCGAACAAGCGGAAAAUUAUAUAACUAAACUCGCUUUUUCGGGUUUUUGUUUCCUAAUUUGCUCCGUAUUCAUUGAGACGCUGACAGUGAGCUGCUCGGCGGUCAAAUUUGCUCUCCAUCGGUAGUUUUUGCUCAGACUCAACCACGUCCCCUGCCUCCUCGCGCGGCGUGUGUUUCACGUGGCAACCGGGGCUCGUCACUAUUUUGAAUCAUCCACCAGUUUUCCGGUUGCAGCGGUCAGCAUUAGAUAUUUGAAUUAAAAAUGGCAACGACGGGAAGCUUGGUCCUAGAGGACGGGACGACGUUCAAAGGCCUCCUUUUUGGUGCCAAUGUUUCGGUGUCGGGUGAAGUUGUGUUUCAGACGGGCAUGGUGGGCUACCCCGAGGCUCUCACUGACCCGUCCUACCACUGCCAGCUGCUGACACUCACUUACCCUCUGGUCGGCAACUAUGGCACACCGAAAGACGAGGAAGGAGAGUUUGGACUGAGCAAGUGGUUUGAGUCAUCAAAGAUCCACGCUGCAGCGCUGAUCAUUGGCGAGCUGGCCGAUAGUCCCAGCCACUGGAGCUCAGUCAAGUCACUGGACCAGUGGCUCAAAGAGCAAGGUGUUCCUGGAUUGCAAGGAAUUGACACCCGUUGUCUGACCAAAAAAAUCAGAGAGAAGGGCACCAUGUUAGGGAAGCUGGUUGUGGACGGAACCCCUGAGGACAGUAUUCCUUUUGAUAACCCGGACCACAGGAACCUGGUCCAGGAGGUCUCCAUGAAGGAGCCCAGAGUUUUCAACCCCACCGGUAGUUUGCGGAUCACUGUGGUCGACUGCGGUAUCAAAUACAACCAGAUCCGCUGCCUGGCUCAGAGAGGAGCCCGUGUCACUGUCGUACCUUGGGACCAUCCACUAGAUAGCGCAGAUUUUGAUGGUUUGUUCAUCAGUAACGGCCCUGGAGAUCCUCAGCUCUGUCAGAACACCAUCAACAACGUGAGGAAGGUGGUCUGUGUAGAACACCCCAAGCCAGUUUUCGGUAUUUGUCUCGGGCACCAGCUCCUCUCUUUAGUCAUCGGAUCGAAGACCUACAAGAUGAAGUACGGUAACCGUGGCCACAACCAGCCGUGCAUCCACAAGGGAACAGAUCGCUGCUACAUCACCAGUCAGAACCAUGGGUUCGCUGUCGACCCCGACACCCUGCCUAAAGACUGGGAUGUCCUCUUUACCAACGCCAAUGAUCAUACCAAUGAGGGAAUCGUACACAACACAAAACCACUGUUCAGUGUUCAGUUCCACCCAGAGCACAUGGCCGGACCCACAGACCUGGUCAGCUUGUUUGAUAUCUUCCUUGAAACUGUGAAAGACCACAAGGAGGGCAGCACUACCAGAUCUGUGAAGCAGCGUCUGAUGGAUCACCUCACCUACCAGGAUUCUCCAAAGUCUGAAGAGGUACAUCGACCCCGGAAGGUCCUCAUCCUGGGCUCUGGAGGACUGUCCAUCGGCCAGGCUGGGGAGUUCGACUAUUCUGGCUCCCAGGCUAUCAAGGCUCUCAAGGAAGAGAAUAUCCAGACUGUGCUGAUCAACCCCAAUAUCGCCACUGUCCAGACCUCCAAGGGCCUGGCUGACAAAGUGUACUUCCUCCCCAUCACACCGGAGUAUGUCACUCAGGUGAUAAAGAACGAGCGUCCAGACGGUGUGCUGCUGACCUUCGGUGGUCAGACGGCUCUGAAUUGCGGUGUAGAGCUGACGAAGCUUGGCAUCCUGGAGAAAUAUGCAGUAAAGGUUCUGGGAACACCGGUGGCCUCCAUCGAGAUGACUGAAGACAGGAAGAUCUUUGUGGAGAAAAUGGAAGAGAUCAAUGAACACGUCGCUCCCAGUGAGGCGGCGCUGUCUGUGGAGCAGGCACUGGCAGCUGCAGAACGUAUAGGCUACCCUGUUCUGGUUCGUUCAGCGUUCGCUCUCGGCGGUCUGGGCUCGGGCUUUGCCAACAACAGAGAAGAGCUGACCUCUCUGGUGACAUCAGCCUUCGCCCAUACCUCCCAGGUGCUGGUGGACAAAUCCCUGAAAGGCUGGAAGGAGAUCGAGUACGAGGUGGUCCGCGAUGCCUACGACAACUGUAUCACUGUGUGUAAUAUGGAGAAUAUUGACCCUCUGGGCAUCCAUACUGGAGAAUCCAUCGUGGUGGCACCCAGUCAGACGCUCAAUGACCACGAAUACAACAUGCUGAGGAACACAGCCAUCAAAGUCAUCAGACACCUCGGCAUUGUAGGAGAGUGUAACAUCCAGUACGCUCUGAACCCAGAGUCUGAACAGUACUACAUCAUCGAGGUGAAUGCACGUCUGUCAAGAAGUUCGGCCCUCGCCAGUAAGGCGACAGGUUACCCUCUCGCCUACGUAGCGGCUAAACUGGGCCUGGGGAUCCCGCUGCCACUGCUCAAGAAUUCUGUGACCAACUCCACAACAGCCAACUUUGAGCCGAGUUUGGACUACUGUGUGGUGAAGGUGCCUCGCUGGGAUCUCAGCAAGUUCCUCAGGGUCUCCACCAAGAUUGGCAGCUCCAUGAAGAGUGUCGGGGAGGUGAUGGCUAUUGGCCGUAGCUUUGAGGAGGCCUUCCAGAAAGCCCUGAGGAUGGUGGAUGAGAACUGUGUUGGCUUUGACCACACCAUCAAGCCCGUCUCUGAAAAGGAGCUGCAGAUUCCGACAGAUAAGCGCAUCUUUGUAUUGGCGUCCGCAUUCAGAGCCGGCUACACAGUGGACCAGCUGUACGAGCUCACCAAGAUCGACCGCUGGUUCCUGCACAAGAUGAAGAACAUCACCGAUCACGAGCGACUGCUGGAGACCUACAACCAGGAUGAGAGUGCCAUGCCUCCAGAGGUGAUGCGGAAGGCCAAGCAGCUGGGCUUCUCAGACAAGCAGAUAGCAUUAGCUGUGCAGAGCACAGAGCUGGUAGUGAGAAAGCUGCGUCAUGAUUGGUCUAUCCUGCCCGUAGUAAAGCAGAUUGAUACGGUGGCAGCCGAAUGGCCCGCCCACACAAACUACCUGUACCUAACCUACCAUGGCACCGAGAACGACCUGCAGUUCAACGACCAGCAUGUCAUGGUGAUCGGCUCGGGGGUUUACCGCAUCGGCAGCAGUGUGGAGUUUGAUUGGUGUGCGGUCGGGUGCAUCACUGAGCUCAGGAAGAUGGGUUAUAAGACCAUCAUGGUGAACUACAACCCGGAGACAGUCAGCACAGACUACGACAUGUGUGACCGCCUCUACUUUGAUGAGAUCUCCUUUGAGGUGGUGAUGGAUAUCUACGAGAGAGAGAACCCAGAGGGAGUGAUCCUCUCUAUGGGAGGCCAGCUGCCCAACAACAUCGCCAUGUCACUGCACCGCCAGCAGUGCCGCAUCCUGGGAACUUCACCUGAGUUCAUCGACAGUGCCGAGAACAGGUUCAAGUUCUCCCGUAUGUUGGACACCAUCGGGAUCAGCCAGCCGCAGUGGAAGGAGCUGUCGGACACUGAGUCUGCUAUGAAGUUUUGUGAGACUGUGGGUUAUCCAUGCCUGGUCCGUCCUUCCUACGUUCUCAGUGGGGCAGCCAUGAACGUCGCCUACAGUGACAGUGACCUCGAGAAAUACCUGAGCAGCGCUGUAGCUGUGUCAAAGGAAUACCCCGUCGUCAUCUCCAAAUUCAUUCAGGAGGCCAAGGAGAUAGAUGUAGACGCUGUGGCCUGUGAUGGGGUAGUGAUGGCCAUUGCGGUGUCUGAACACGUGGAGAACGCUGGCGUUCACUCUGGUGACGCCACACUGGUGACACCGCCUCAGGAUCUCAACCCGAAGACUAUUGAGAGGAUCAAGAUGAUCGUCCAUGCCAUCGGCCAGGAGCUGCAGGUCACCGGACCUUUCAACCUGCAGCUGAUAGCAAAGGACGACCAACUGAAGGUGAUCGAGUGCAACGUCCGAGUCUCCCGCUCCUUCCCCUUCAUAUCCAAGACACUGGGCGUGGACCUUGUUGCCGUGGCGACUCAGGCCAUUAUGGGGGAGGAAAUGGAGCCUGUGGGCCUAAUGAGAGGAAAAGGGAUUGUAGGAGUCAAGGUUCCUCAGUUUUCCUUCUCUCGGCUGGCCGGAGCUGACGUGGUGCUCGGGGUGGAGAUGACUAGCACUGGUGAGGUGGCCUGUUUCGGGGAGAACAGAUACGAGGCAUACCUUAAAGCCAUGCUCUCCACGGGCUUCAAGAUCCCCAAAAAGAACAUCCUGCUCUCUAUCGGCAGCUAUAAGAAUAAGAGCGAGCUGCUGCCCACCGUGCAGACUUUGGAGUCCCUGGGUUACGACCUGUACGCAAGUUUGGGGACUGCGGACUUCUACACAGAACAUGGAGUCAAGGUGAAAGCUGUUGAUUGGCCGUUUGAGGAGGAUGACAGCGUGUGUCCCACUAAAGAGAAGCAGCGCAGCAUCAUGAACUACUUGGAGGAAAACCACUUCGAUCUGGUCAUCAACCUCUCCAUGAGGAACAGCGGAGGUCGCAGGCUCUCCUCCUUCGUCACCAAAGGCUACAGAACGAGACGCAUGGCCGUUGAUUACUCUGUCCCCCUCAUCAUCGACAUCAAGUGCACCAAACUCUUUGUGCAGGCUCUCCAUCAGAUUGGUAGGACUCCACCUGUGAAGACUCACGUCGACAGCAUGACUUCCCAGACGCUGGUCCGUCUACCUGGUCUGAUUGAUGUGCAUGUUCACCUGCGGGAGCCUGGAGCCACACAUAAGGAGGAUUUCUCCUCUGGUACAGCAGCUGCUCUGGCAGGAGGCGUGACCAUGGUGUGUGCAAUGCCUAAUACUUCCCCUGCCAUCACUGACGCCAGCACUCUGGCCCUGGUACAGAAGCUGGCCAAAGCAGGCUGUCGCUGUGACUACGCCUUGUAUGUGGGCGCUGCUUCAGACAACGCAGCCAUCCUGCCAUCCAUCGGCAGCCAGGCUGCCGGCCUGAAGAUGUAUCUGAACGACACGUACUCCACCCUCAAGAUGGACAACGUCUCUCUCUGGAUGGAGCACUUUGAGAAGUGGCCCAAACAGAUGCCCAUCGUUGCUCAUGCUGAGAAGCAGACAGUGGCUGCAAUCCUGAUGGUGGCCCAGCUCUACCAGCGGCCCGUCCACAUCUGCCAUGUGGCCAAAAAGGAGGAGAUUCUGAUCAUCCGAGCAGCAAAGCAAAAGGGCAUCCAGGUCACGUGUGAGGUGGCACCUCAUCAUCUCUUCCUCUGUGAGGAAAAUGUGCCAGAGAUCGGCGAUGGACGGGCGCAGGUCCGACCCAUGCUGGGAACACACGAGGACAUGGAGGCUCUCUGGGAAAACCUGGACAUCAUCGACUGCUUUGCCACAGACCACGCUCCCCACUCUGUAGAGGAGAAGAGCAGCGAUCAUCCUCCUCCCGGUUACCCCGGCCUGGAGACAAUGCUGCCACUGCUGCUGACCGCUGUCAGUGAUGGACGUCUUACUCUGGAUGACAUCAUCAAACGUCUCUAUGACAACCCACGCCGGAUCUUCAACUUGCCUGUCCAGGACAACACCUAUGUGGAGGUGGACUUGGAGCAGGAGUGGGUUAUCCCUCAGGCCAUGCAGUUCACUAAGUCAAAGUGGACCCCAUUCCAGGGUCUGAAGGUGAAGGGUAAAGUCCGCCGUGUGGUUCUGCGUGGAGAGGUGGCCUACAUCGAUGGCCAGGUGUUGGUGCCUCCAGGUUACGGUGAAGAUGUGAAGACUUGGCCGACCGCUUCGAUCCCUCCUCCUGAACCUGUUAAAGAAUGUCCCAUGACUCCAGAGCACCCUCGUCCAACUCCUCCCUGGGAAGGCCCGGUCCGAACCCGCGCGCCCAGCCCGCGACGAUCUGCAGGAGAGGGCCGCUACCUGCUGCCACCUCGUGUCCACCGCUCAUCUGAUCCUGGACUACCACCAGAGAUGGUUAUGCUCCCACCAGCUGGUGCUGGUGACGGUUACAGCCACCCUCCUCCUCUGUCCAGGCUGCUGUCUCCUCAGUCAGGACCGGGACUGUUACCUGCUGGACAGGUGUCUCAUAUCCAGACCUCUCCUCUGCUCCACGCGCUGGUGGGCCAGCACAUCCUGUCUGUACGGCAGUUCAGCAAAGAGCAGAUCUCGCACCUCUUUAACGUUGCCCACACGUUACGUUUGAUGGUUCAGAAGGAGCGAAGCUUGGACAUCCUGAAGGGUAGAGUUAUGGCGUCCAUGUUCUACGAGGUCAGCACUCGCACCAGCAGCUCCUUCGCCGCAGCCAUGCAACGUCUUGGCGGCUCGGUCGUUCACUUCAGUGAAGCCACCUCGUCGUCACAGAAAGGAGAAUCUCUGGCUGACUCUGUCCAGACCAUGAGCUGCUAUGCCGACGUUCUAGUGCUCCGACACCCAACGCCAGGAGCUGUAGAGAGUGCAUCACGUCAUUGCCGUAAGCCUGUGAUCAAUGCUGGAGACGGUGUGGGGGAGCAUCCCACCCAGGCCCUGCUGGACGUCUUCACCAUCAGAGAGGAGCUGGGGACGGUUAACGGCAUGACGAUAACCAUGGUUGGUGAUCUGAAACAUGGCCGCACCGUUCAUUCCCUCGCCAAACUGCUGACCCAGUACCGCAUCACGCUGCGCUAUGUGGCUCCAAAGAACCUCCACAUGCCAGCAGAGAUCAUCAGCUACGUGGCCUCAAAGGGCAUUAAACAGGAGGAGUUCGACAGCAUCGAGGAAGCUCUGCCUGACACCGACGUCCUCUACAUGACGAGGAUCCAGAAGGAGAGGUUUGCAUCUGAGGAGGAGUACAAUGCUUGUUUCGGCCAGUUCAUCCUCACUCCUCACAUCAUGACUGUAGCCAAAAAGAAGAUGGUGGUGAUGCAUCCGCUGCCCAGAGUCAAUGAAAUCAGUGCGGAGGUGGACACGGACCCGAGGGCGGCAUAUUUCCGCCAGGCAGAAAAUGGCAUGUACAUCCGCAUGGCCCUACUGGCCACAGUACUGGGCAGAUAGAUCCAUGUGCUGCAUAUAUUGUUACACCUUUAGAGUAAUAAGUGUUAGACACCAGCAAUUUCCUCCCUGAAAACUGAAUUUCUUAUUUCCAGUCCUUUACGAGGUUUUGGUAGAGGUGAAUAUAACAAUAAGAUUACAUUAAUAUGAUGCUGCUUCAGUUUGACAUACAACUUGUUUUCUUUUCACCGACACAUUUUCUGUAUUUCAUUAUAGCAACCGUAGUUUUAAGUCUUACGCACAAUAAACUUUUAUCAUAAAUCUACUUCUGAACUAAAAAGUGAUUUAGAAGCUGCUUUUGGACCAGAGAGAUUUUUUUCUGUGUUGGUUACCAGACUGUUAGUGAGCCAGCUGGAGGAGCUGAGGAACACUCCUUGGAAGAAAAUAAAAGGGCAUUUAAAUCCUGACGUUGAUGGGACUAUAAUGUGUGAUGUUAAUGAAAUGAAUGUUUUGGUAGCUGGGUCAAAUGUGCAGUCACUGUUACUAAGCUGCUGCACAGCUGUUUCCUUGUCUACCCAACCAUAGGUACAUUUAAAGGGACCAGUGAGAAUAUUCAAAGGGAGCAAAGGGAGAACAAAUGCUAGCAGUUUGGUUCAAGGGACUGCUCUACUGACCAAUAAUGAUUCAUGUUAUUCUACUGUACAACAUUCUCCUGUAACAUUCCUUUGUUUGAACAUGUAGCAGUAACUGACAAUGGAUGAAUGUUUUUUCAUGGUUGAGGGGAACUGCUGUUACUUUAUGCUGUAGCAAUUUAGGGGCUUUUUAUCAGAAUAAGUAUUAAUGUCAUUUAAAUGUUGUUGAAUGACUUUGUAUUAUGUGGAAAAAAAUAAAUAAUAAAACAACGGUUUCACAUCUGA